UUUUAAAUCCUUCGCAUCUGCCACUCCCCGCGUACCAUAUCCUGUGGUGACCAAACACGCGGCCACCGGGGUCUGUCUCCUCCCUGGAUCGGGGGGUAUUUUAUUCUUUUCCAGGGAGGGCGAGCGAGUAAGAUUAAAAAUAAUUUACUGACAGAGGGAACGAUCUUGGCGGACAGACCGUCCUAAAGUUGCAAAAUAUGCGGAAAGGAAUUCCAGCAGCUCCGGGGAGAGCCUCGGCUGGAGUUGGGGGUUCACCGGCGACCAGCGGGCUCUUUGCCGUUCUCUCCGGGCACGGUAGCCUACAGGAGCGGGCGGCGGGCAAGAGCGUCGGUGCCGGCGGCCUCGGGGUCCGGGUUUUACCGCAAGCGGCAGCCGAUGGCUUCUCUAGUCCUCGCGGUGCGGCGAGCAGACCGGGAUUGGCACCGUCUACUCCGGGAAGGACUCCGGCAAAGAGGAGACUGGAGCUGGAAGAAAGUGAUCACCAGUACCUGGCUACUAACAUUUGCACUCCAAAGGGAAAAGGAAGGGUUACAAUGAGAAGCCCAAAUAGUCCAAAAACUCCCAGGUCUCCAUCAGAGAAAACUCGCUACAAUACAUCACUGGUUCCACUCACAAAGAAUGUUGUUCAGCUCUUGAGCCAGUCUUCUGAUGGAGUGUUGGACUUAAAUCGAGCAGCAGAGGUCUUAAAUGUGCCAAAGCGAAGGAUUUAUGACAUCACAAAUGUGUUGGAGGGUAUUCAUCUCAUUGAGAAGAAAUCAAAAAAUAAUGUUCAAUGGAUGGGUUGCAGCCUGAUGGACAAUGAUGGUAUGCUGAAGCGAUGCCAGGGUCUGAACCAGGAGGUGGCUGAGCUUAACCUGAAGGAGAAGAGGUUGGAUGACUUGAUCCAGAGCUGUGCCUUGGACCUCAAAAAGCUAACAGAAGACUCGGAAAACCAAAGAUUAAAUUAUGUGACUUAUCAGGACAUCAGAAAGAUCCAGAGUUUCAAAGGCCAAGUGGUAAUAGCUGUGAAAGCUCCUCCUGAAACCAGGUUGGAAGUAUCCGAUCCUUAUGAUAAUUUCCAGAUACAUUUAUUAAGCUCUAAAGGCCCUAUUGAGGUUUAUUUAUGUCCAGAUGACGCUGGAACAUCUAAUAGUCCAUUGAAAGCUGCGAGUCAAGAGCAUUCUAGGAGUAUUUCCCAGUCACAUGUCUGUGAUUUUGAUAUUUCAAACAGUCAGCAUGGUGACAGUUCGGGUUUACACUUUUCACCAUUAACGUCAUUGAACAAUAUUCUGCAGCAAACUGAAGAUCAGAUUUCAUUGCCAAUGGAAGAAGAAGGACUGUUUGUCAAUCUGUCUCCAUCAGCUGCACAGGAAGAGUACCUACUGAGCAUUGGUGAUAAAGCAGGAAUCAGUGAUCUGUUUGACUGUGAUGUUAAUGGGCUUUUCCCAUUGGAAGAUUUUUGUAUGACCAAUUAAGUAUUUUCUUUUUGAAGUAUAGAAUAACUGCUACCAAUGAUGGACCUAGAAACAGAAUGUAAGCUUGGUAGCUGGUGAGUGAUAAAGGGAAAUAUGUACCAGUUACAGGAAUAGUAAUAGAAGUUUUUGCCAGUAAAACCACAGCCAGUUGUAUUGAUGUUAAUCUCUACUGAUUGUCAGCAACUGAGGUGAUAUUUGCUGGUAUUUCAAAUUAUGUAUUCGCAUGAAAUGAAAUGUCACUAUUGAAUACCAUACACAUCUAAUAAUGGAGUUCUUGUGUUGGCUUUUGGCAUGUAUGAUGCAAAAAUUCAUGCUCAAAUUAUUUCAAGACCUCGUAACCUUUCUGACGAGUCUUCCAAGGCGAAUUUAUCAGCUGUGAAAAUGUUCUUGAUGGUCUGAGACGUGUGAUAGGUUUGCCUUUGGUCUUUCCUGAAAGAACCUGCUAUAGCUAUAUUGACAGUCGUUUGUGUGGUCUGUGGUUAAGUUGAAUGUGGCAAUUUCAGUACAUGUUGAUUUGUUUGGUUAUCAUUGCUGAGCAAAUAGAGGAAAAAUAUCUUAUGAAAAGUGCAAAUUAAAGUUCAAAAACAAUUGUAGAUAUGAUUUCUUGUUUACAAUUAAGACUGAAUUUUGGUUUGAUUUUUAGAAGUAGUCUUGGCAGCAACUGCCAAGUUAAUGAGUGCAGCUGGGUUUUUCCAUGCAUUUUCUUUUCUUCCAUUGUAUGCCAUGAAUGAAACGAGAUCGAAAGUUAAUUCUAGCUGCUGCUUCCUAAUUUUGGGACCGUGCUUCUUGGCUUAUUGCCGACAUUUGGCUUGUGGAGGAUUACUUAACAUUUGUGUUAUUGUAUCUCUGAUGUGAGGGAUACUACUCUAAAACAAUGCCCUAUUAAUUUUAAUGCAAAGGAUUAUCUAGUACACUUUGUAUUUCAUAAUGCUUUGCUAUUGUAU